AUGACUUCCGCGGGGACAUCCAUUGAUCAGUUAACAAGAGAUCGAAAGCCCUUCAAAGACACCAUAUGGCUCGGCGGAGUACAUGACGGAUACCCUCAAGUAUCCUUUGCGGAAUAUCGCAAAAUUCGAAUCACUGACGAAGUCAAGUCGAAUGCCCGAAAAUCCGCUGCGCUAACGCAGAGUCACCUCACGUUUGGGUUGCUGGAAUCGGUGAUGAGGGUACGGGUGCAAGAGAAUGUCCUGCUUAGAAAGCAGGACAACGGCGAAGUCAUCGUAGUAAGCGAUAACUUGUACCAGUUGCUGAGAGUCUGGCAGUAUCGUAUCCGUGAAGAAGGAAACACAGAUUAUUGCCAACAGUGGGCAGCGGAUGUCCAGGGCAUACUCACCCAGGCGGAAAGAAUCUUGUCGCUCGAACUCCAUUUUGAAAGCGGUUCUUUCUUUCUUGCGCGUUUGCCGCUAUAUGACUUCGAGAUGAUCUUAUUGCAGUUGGCUUCCAUCGGAGAGGCCCUCACGGAAGGCAGGCUCACAUUCCCAUCAUCUGUACAAGUAUAUCGUGGGCUUUCGCGGUCGGCGCUGCCAGCCUGCACCGAAAGCAAAUGGAAGAGGCGGGGUGGUGUCCAUUCCUCAUUCGCAUCGCGUCAGAGAGACCAACCGCCCUUCCCUGACGUCGCUGGACCACUUUCGCGUGGACACAUACCAGUGCUUCGAUGGGACAAAGCGCACCACAAUUUCCUUGUCGGAACCUCUUCGGAUAACCCCUAUGUCGCAAUUUCUCACGUCUGGGCUGAUGGUCUUGGGAGUACCACAGAAAAAGGACUUCCGAUGUGCCAGAUCGACGCUCUUGUGCUCGCAACCCAGCGGUUCAUUUCCACUGGGGCAUUCUGGAUUGAUUCUCUCUGCGUUCCCGAAGUACGGGAUUUGAGAAAACGGGCGAUAGGUUUGAUGUCGAAAACCUACAGAGAUGCUCAAGUAGUGUUGGUACUGGAUUCAGGAAUACGUUCUUGUUCCAUAUCGGCUCCACGCGAGGAAAGGCUGCUCAGGGUGCUAUCGUCUGGUUGGAUGCAGCGACUAUGGACCUUGCAGGAAGCGCUGCUCGCAAACAAACUGGUUUUCAUGUUCCACGAUGGUAUACUCUCCAUCGAUGACCUCCUGCCAACAAGACCCGACUACGAAGUAAAGGAUACGCUCUUGCUCUCUCUUGCGGCAGAAGUUUUCCGUCUCACGAAAUACAGGCGAUACUCAUUCGUGAUGCACGACGGAUUCACUAUCGCUGACGUCGUAACUUGCCUUCGACAUCGAAUGACGAGCAAAGCCGAAGAUGAGACUCUCGCCAUCUCAGGUCUUCUGAAUGUAAACCCCUCUGGGCUCGUAAAUCUUGCCCCACAGCAGCGGAUGAAGUCGCUGCUUCUUGGUGUGGGAAAGGUUCCCCGUAGAAUAAUCUUUCUGAACGGAGAAAAACUUUUGGAUUUCGGAUUUUCCUGGGCUCCUAGCACACUUAUGGGGCACAACAUGGACAUCGGGUUUGAGGCAGAUGCAAAUGUAAGCCCCACUGGCUUGCAUGCAGAUUAUGCAGCCAUCUACUUCCGAACGACGAUGGUCAGCACACAGCGAACAAUCCGGUUGCUUCUUCCUGAGGAGGAGGUUUAUGUGGAGGUCGAUCAUGAUGGCAACCCCUUUGAAUGCAAUGCCUUACUCCUUCCAGGUCAGGUGGCAUCGUACAAUUUCGGUCCGGGUGUAGCUGUUCUUGUAACAGGGGCAGAUACAAGCAAGAGAGAAGAGCCCGCUGGGGACAGAUUCGUCUGCAAGUAUCAGAUGCGUUUCCUGCUUGCAUCCAAGAGCCUGCGGUCGGACAAGGAAGGGCCAACCAAUAAAGAUUUUUUACGUGUCCAGGCAAAGAGUGGGAUGAUGAGAGUCAAACUUGUCUGA